AGCGGAGAUCCGGUUCCGGACGCCGUGGUGGACAGCACGUGGAUGGCAGUCGCGGGCUGAGAGGAGGAUCGUCAUCGUGGUUCGGUGUGGGCGCGAGAAUUGAAGUGACUGGAGUGUAUGAAUGUACUUCGGAGGAUAAAGCAAAGUUACGUCUGAGAUUUAGCUGGGUGAAUUAGAUAAUCGGUCAGAUUAAAAUAACGUUAGGGUUUCCGGGGACGGGUAUCGACCGACGGCCUGUAUAGGUCCGGACCGGUGCCCGUUACCUUGCUUUCUUUAUUUCUUUCUUUCUUUAUUUCUUUCUUUUCUAUAACCUUAGCGGAUAGGGAUGAAAGGUAGGGGUAGGAGGGGGUCUAGGGCCGGGAGGGAGGAUGGAAGUGUAGGGAAAGGGGAUGGGGGACAGGGGAGAGAAGGAAAGAGACCAAGAACGAACAGUCAAAAUUCAUCGAACGAAGAAGACAUGGAGAGUUUUAGUUCUGAGGGAGAGAGCAGGGAGGAAGGAACUAGGUUGGUUAUACGGUUUGCUGAGGGAGGUGGGAUAGGGAAAAUGAAUCCGUUUAAGCUGACAAGGAAACUGACAGGGAAGUGCGGAGAGCUGAAGUAUGCGAGGGUUUUGGGAGACGGCAAUUUGAUUGUGGAAUGUUCAAGUGAUGUCCAGGAAGCCUUGGUGAGGAAGUUAACUAAGGUGGGUGAGAGUAGAGUGGUGAGGGUAGUGCGGGUUGGAGUGCAGGGGAGAAGAUGUAAGGGAGUGAUUACUGGGAUUCCUAUCGAGGUAGGGGAUGAGGAGUUGAAGGAGAAGCUACGUGCUAGGGGCACGGGAAUUGCCAAUGUUAAAAGAAUGACAAGGGGUCCAGAAAAGAAGACAACUGAGACAGUGUUGGUAGAAUUUGAAGGAGAGGUAAUCCCAGAUAAAGUGUACCUAGAGUACAUUAGCUAUUUUGUGAGGGCAUUUAUACCGAAGCCGAUGAGGUGUUACAAGUGUCAGUCAUUUGGCCACAUUGCAAGAUAUUGUAAGGAGAACAGGAGAUGUGCGAGGUGCACUGGGGACCAUGAGUAUGGGAAAUGUGGGGAGGGUACCAAGCCAAGAUGCUGUAGCUGUGGGGGGGAACAUAGUGUCACGUUUGGGGGUUGUCCAGUUAUGAAGAGGGAGGCAGAAGUUCAGAAAAUCAGGGUGCUAGAUAAGAUAAGUUAUGCAGAGGCAGCAAAGAUGGUAAGACAGAGGGAGGAAAGGUCACAGGGAGUAGAGGAGACAGGGGGUGGUGGAAGAAAGGGGACUUGGGGGUUGGGGAGAGAGCAGUCAGAUCAGGAUAGGAUAGGGAUAGACAAAAGGCAGUUAAUAGUAUUUAUUGUGGCAGCUAUCAACUCAACAAGCAAGUCUACAUCUAAGACCACCAAUAUACAAUAUAUUGUGAAGGCAGCAGCUGAUCAUCUGGGGAUGGAAGGACUAAAGUGGGAGGAGAUAGAGGCGGAGAUUAAGAACCAGAGUCGAAGCCAGGAGGUAGGAAAGUCACCUCAUGCUCAUGGUUCGGGUGCUGCAGUGGAAUGCUAGGAGCCUGAUGGCUAAUGGACAGGAGAUGAAACACUAUAUAAGGAAGAUGAAGAUACAGCCAGACGUAGUUUGUGUUCAGGAAACUUUUUUGAAACCUAGCUUAGAUUUUAAGGUUAGUGGGUAUAUGACAAUCAGGAGGGAUAGGAGUGAAGAAGAAGCAAGAGGAGGGUGCGCAAUAUUUAUUAGGCAGGGUAUUUCUUAUAGGUUGAUAGAAAGUGGGGAAGAGCAGGAAUAUAUAGUGGUAGAGUUGUGGGAGGGAGGGGAGGCGGUGGUUAUAGUUAACUACUAUAAUCCAGGGGGGAGGUUAAUAUUGGAUAGGUUAGUUAGGAUAAAAGGGGUUGAUAGACGAAAGGUUAUCUGGUGCGCAGACUUUAAUGCACAUAACACUUUGUGGGGUGGGAAACACACAGAUGUAGAUGGUAGGGUAGUUGAGGAGCUAAUGGAGGAGAGGGAAUUAGUAUGUUUAAAUGAUGGGAGAGGGACUAGAAUAGAUGUCAGAACAGGAAAUGAGUCAGCUAUAGAUAUUACAUUGGUAUCAGCAAGUUUGGCAGGAGUCAGUAAAUGGGAAGUGUUGUCAGGAAAGUCGCUAGGUAGUGAUCAUUAUUUAAUCAUGUGUACAGUAGGGGGAAGAGUGGAGGUGGGGGCGGGUAGGGGGCUCCGGAAAUGGGUGUACAGUAAAGCAGAGUGGAAUAAAUUUAGGGAGGUGAGUGAGGGUCUACUGGAGGUAGUUGAUACAAACAGGGAUGUGGAAGAAGUCAACAAUAGUGUUACAACAGCAAUAAUCACAGCAGCAACUCAAGCUAUUCCGAGGAGCAGAAAUGGGAGGACCAGGAAGUUAGUUCCAUGGUGGUCAGAGGAGUGUAGCAAGGCAGUGAAAGCCCGAAAUAAAGCAUUCAGAAAGAUUAAACAAAACCAUACUAUGGCAAGUCUGUUAGAAUAUCAGAGAGCACAAGCAUUGGUGAGGAGAGUAGUUCGACGCACAAAGAGGGAGAGUUGGAGACAGUUUUGUAAUGGUAUAGGGAGAACAACACCAGUAGGAGAAGUAUGGGGUAUGAUAAGGAAGAUGGGAGGGGACAGGAGGGAGUGGGAAUAUCCUGUAAUUACAGAGGAAGGAGAGACAGCAGUAAAUGAUAAGGAAAAGGCUGAGAUGAUAGCCAGGGCAUUUGCAAAGGUGCAUAGUGUAGACAAUCUGACAAUGGAGGGGAAGAGGAGAAGAGAGAUGACUCAGAGUAGAUAUCCAGGUGCUCUAGACAGGAGGACGGAUUCAGGGGGGAGAUAGACACCAGAUUUACUAUGGCAGAGCUUGUGAGAGCGGUUAGGAAGGCAAAGCCUACAGCUCCAGGGGGAGAUCAGGUAAGCUAUGUAAUGCUGAAAAAUUUAGGGGAAAAGGGGAUGAACAGGAUGUUAGAAUUGUAUAAUAAGGUAUGGGAGGAGGGAAGGCUACCGAGUGUAUGGAAGGAAGCAGAGGUAGUACCGAUCAGGAAGCCAGGUAAGGACCCAUGCUCUCCUUCUAGCUACAGGCCAAUAGCUUUGACUUCGAACAUUUGUAAAAUUAUGGAAAGAAUGGUAACAGAGAGAUUGACAUAUGUGCUUGAAAAGAGAGGUACGCUGGCGAGAUGCCAAAGCGGAUUUAGAAAAGGUAGGAACACAAUGGACGCAGUGGUGAGACUAGAAAGUGAGGUGAGGAAGGCGCAGGCAAAUAAGGAAUCUGUAGUGGUAGUGUUUUUUGAUAUAGAGAAGGCAUAUGACAUGAUGUGGAAGGAAGGAUUACUGAUUAAGUUGCAGGGGAUGGGGAUUGGGGGCAGAGUUUUUAAUUGGGUAAAGGACUUUUUGAAUGAUAGGAAGAUUCAAGUUAGAAUAGGGUCAGAGAUAUCUAGUAAAUAUGAAGUAAGGAACGGCACUCCCCAGGGGAGCGUAGUUAGCCCACUAUUGUUUCUUAUCAUGAUUAAUGAUGUUUUUUCAGAGGUAACAGCAGAUAUAGGAAGCUCACUGUUCGCAGAUGACGGAGCACUGUGGAAGAGAGGGAGGAACACCAAACAUUUAGUCACUAAGGUGCAGACAGCGAUUGAUGGGGUGACAGAGUGGGG